AACAAAUUCAAUGGGUCACUGUUUCCAGAAAUGGAGUCAUUCAAGUCUACACGAGGAGGCUUCCAGACCAAACUAAGCAGCUUCUACAUGAGUGUGGAGAGACAGAAGGAGGAGCUGGAAAAACUUCUCAAUCUUUACAGAUUUUGUGAUAAGAUCACACAGCUCACUGUGAGUUGCAGUCGUUAUGUGGGCCAAUUGAAGGUGACCGAACAAAAAUUGUGCCAGCCAGAAACCCAACAGUGCCUUGAGACCUACUUGCAACGACUGACAGAAGAAUUGUCAGAUGACAAAUUCCAGGAGAUGAAAGAGGAAGCCUACAAACUUAGCAGUUGUCGAGGGCUGGCGGUGUGGAAUGAGACCUGGCUCAGAUGUCAAGAGGCAAAGCAACUUGUGGAGGAGACUCUAGAGAAGUGCAAGGAAGAACAAGCUGUAGUGGCCUUAGGUUGGCAUAAGGAUACCACCUUGGCCUCUGGUGUUAGUAGUCAAGGGGAU